CGCGUUGGAGCUGCUGCGAAAAUAAGUCUGACGUGUGAAGAAACAUUCGCGUUCAAACUGCUGCACUAAACACACUUCCAGCUGGACAGAGAGAAGAAAAGAGCGAGGAAAGUGAAAUAAAACGCAAAGAAGAAGAACGCGUUGUUCUGCCGGCUGAUGUGGACUGGAGUUUGAGCAGGUUGUUGAUAUUUCAGUGCUGGAAGCUGCUGUGCUAAAGCGCUAGCGGAUAGUUUCACUCCUCUAAGAACUGUUUGACUUUUACACUUUUGUUGUUGUUUUUGAACUGUUUUAACAUGGGUUUGACCAUUUCAAGCAUCUUUUCUCGCUUGUUUGGGAAAAAGCAGAUGAGAAUUCUCAUGGUUGGUCUGGAUGCAGCAGGGAAAACCACAAUCCUGUACAAACUCAAACUGGGAGAAAUAGUCACAACAAUUCCAACUAUAGGUUUUAAUGUCGAGACGGUCGAAUACAAGAACAUCUGCUUCACCGUGUGGGAUGUGGGUGGUCAGGAUAAGAUCAGGCCUCUGUGGAGACACUACUUCCAGAAUACCCAGGGUCUGAUCUUCGUUGUGGACAGUAACGAUCGCGAGCGAGCACAAGAAGCAGCAGAAGAGCUUCAGAAGAUGCUUCAGGAAGAUGAACUGAGAGAUGCCGUCCUGCUGGUUUUUGCUAAUAAACAAGAUUUACCAAAUGCAAUGCCCAUCAGUGAGAUGACGGACAAACUUGGAUUGCAAGCACUCCGAAGCAGAACUUGGUAUGUCCAGGCGACCUGUGCGACUCAAGGGACUGGUUUAUACGAGGGAUUAGACUGGCUUUCCGAGCAGCUCUCCAAACGCUAAACUGCACUUCCUGUUCAAACAGGAUGUGUGCUGUUCCAAAGGACAUGAUUAGUGGAUUGAUCUGUCACAGAAGCUGUUCAUGUACCAUUUUCAAUGGAUUGUUACCAAAAAUUCACCUGCUGAUGUCAAUCUUUGGCAGUGCAUUUUAACAUUUUAUUUUGAUUCGUUGCACCUUUGACCUUGACUGACAUUUCUCCCAGAUUCAUUCCUCUUGAUGUAUGUAGCCAUAUAUAAUCUUAUAGAUUUGACCAAAGUAUGAAAACUACUACAUUU